GGUGCACUGAUCAUGGAACUUCCGGUCGUGGAUUUUACGGCGUGGUAUAGCAUCGGGGAUGAACGGUCUCGACAGCGCGUGGCGCAAGAGCUCGUGGAUGCCUGCCAGCGGGUAGGAUUCGCGCGUAUCAUCAACCAUUCAUUACCUGGAUCAGAACUUGACAAGACAUUCGAGUGGAUGAAAAGGCUAUUUGCGCUUCCAGAAGAGGUCAAAAUGAAAGCCCCGCAUCCAGAAGGAUGGGCCGUUCAUCGCGGAUACUCAUGGCCUGGACUCGAGAAGGUCUCUCAAACCAUGAGCACUGGAAAUGAUGAUGAAUUGAAGAGGAAAUUGAGAGAGGUGCCUGAUGUUAAGGAAGUUUACGAUAUCGGUAGUGAAGAAGAUGCUAGUCAACCAAACCAAUGGCUUCCUAACGAGAAUCUACCCGGUUUCCGGGACUUCAUGACCCGAUUCUACUGGGACUGUGACCGAGUCGGCAAGGAAGUUCUCCGGGCACUGGCUGUAGGACUCAACCUAGAGGACGCAGAAUACCUGACGAGAAAACAUUCAGGAAAUGCUAAUCAACUUCGACUGCUUCACUACUUGCCUGUCCCGGCUGAAGACUUGGAAAACGAUCGAGUUAGCCGCUGUGCCCCUCACACUGACUGGAGCUCGAUAACUUUGCUCUUCCAAGAUGACUGUGGCGGACUGGAGGUAGAAGAUACCUCACGCCCUGGUAUUUUUGUAUCAGCGCCUCCUGUGAAGAAUAGCAUUAUCAUGAAUGUGGGAGAUUUAUUACAGAGAUGGAGUAAUGACCGAUUACGCUCUACAAACCACAGAGUAAGCCUACCCAAGCUCUCGAAUCGAAUUGAAGGACCGAACCGGAUGACCCGCGAACGGUACUCGAUUCCUUACUUCAUGUCUCCAGACGAUGACACUGUCAUUGAGUGCAUACCAUCUUGCAUGAGUGAAAACGAGCCCGCGAAAUAUGAGCCUAUAACGCGCGGGGAUUACAAUAAAAUGAGGGCGUCCAUGAUGUAUUAA